UUCAGCGUCUGGGGAAAGGAGUUAAGGGAGGAGUUGGGGUCCGAGUGGGCCAGUCAGGGUGCGAUCGGACGGCGCUCGGUGGGGUUGCCAGGUAAUAUUUCACGAUGCCAGGGCGUUCCGGUUCAAAUUCAGGUUCAACUGGUUUCAUAUCAUUCAGCGGUGUAGAAUCUGCUCUCUCCUCCUUAAGAAACUUCCAGUCCUGCAUCAGCUCUGGAAUGGAUACCGCUUCUAGUGUUGCUUUGGAUCUUGUGGAAACUCAGACUGAAGUGAGUAGUGAAUACAGUAUGGACAAGGCAAUGAUUGAAUUUGCUAUGAUGGAUCGGGAACUAAACCAUUAUGUAAAGGCUGUUCAGUCUGCGAUAAAUCAUGUAAAAGAAGAACGUCCAGAAAAAAUACCAGAUCUUAAAUUAUUAGUGGAGAAGAAAUUUUUGGCUUUACAGAAUAAGAAUUCUGAUGCAGACUUUCAGAAUAAUGAAAAAUUUGUACAGUUUAAACAACAGCUGAAAGACCUGAAGAAGCAAUAUGGUCUUCAAGCAGACAGAGAAGCUGAUGUAACAGAAGGAGUUGAUGAAGAUAUGAUUGUGACCCAAAGUCAGACCAACUUCAUCUGCCCCAUCACGCAGCUGGAAAUGAAGAAGCCUGUGAAAAAUAAAGUCUGUGGCCACACCUACGAAGAGGAAGCCAUUGUUCGCAUGAUAGAGUCCAAGCACAGGCGGAAGAAAAAGGCCUGUUGCCCUAAAAUUGGCUGUAGCCACACAGAUGUGAGAAUGUCUGACCUCAUCCUGGAUGAAGCUCUUCGGAGGGCGAUCGAGAGCCACAAGAAAAAACAGCGUCAAGCAGAGUAGGACGAAGCCUCCUGCCCACAGGGCCGUCCGCAGCUACCUCCUACCCCGCCACCCGUGGCGAGCCGUGCUCACCCUAGCCGUCCAACUAGCUGCCUAGCGUACUUUGGGUAAACCUUGAGGGUUUUAAGCAUAAUGGAAAGCAUUUUUCUAUGUUCCAACAAGAUUUCAAGCAGAUUAUAUUGUUUAUUUUUAAGCGUUCUAUAACUUUAAAUAAAACUUUGA